AUGUUUUAUCGCGGCCUUAUUGUAGUACUUCUUCUUUUUAGGGCUAUACACGCUUCCAGACACCACCAUGGACUGCAUAGUCAUACUCACCUUAAACGCUCAGCUACUCACAGUUCGUACAUAAAUGAAGGAGCAUUGAAGCUCAGCUCAGAUAACGUCUUUGUCAAAAUCUCUCACGACCCACCGAUUCUGGUUCCCUCCAGGGCAGAUCACCCGCAAGUGCCCGUUGGAGUGGAUAACAAGAACAGCCCAAUUCAGACCAACAAGUUUUAUGCCAACUUCUUUGCCAACAACCAAGAUAAUGCCACAUGGACACACCCCUACUCGAUCUGGUGGCCCAGCGACCCUGUCAAACAAGGCUACGGCUUGUCUAUCUCUCAUACGGAUCGCGACGACUUUAUCUACGGGCCUGGAACCCCCGUAAAGUCUUUUGAAGAUCCGGCAUUUCGGCAAUCGAUUGCUCUUUCUGCGCGAGAAUUGCAGAAUGGAACAGUUUUGACUAUGGACUCGCUGACAGCAUUCUCUGCCAACGUGAAUCUUGCACCGAGGAGAGGUGCGAGCCCUCUUAUAUCGUUCCCCGUCGUGCAGGGCAUGGCUUUUGUCACUGGUGUCUACAGGAACUCCACUGUUGUUAUUCAAUCUCAAAAGCGUUUCUCGAAUAUUACCGAUCUCCAUCUGAGCCCUGCCGACACUAGUCCCUCCGUGUAUGGGUGGAGUGUGCGGUUGGGCGAUGGGUCGAGUUGGUUGAUCUACCUUACUGCAACUUGCUUGUCUGGAAGACCAAUACUUCGCAUCACUGACAAAGGAACAAUCUUGGGUCCAAAAAGCUUUGAUGGAAUUGUCCAAGUUGCCAAGAACCCUGCAGGAGCCGCCGGCAUCGACAUCUUCAAUAAAGCUGCUGGAGUUUACCCAGUCGGUGCCACUAUCUCGGGCACUGUUUCCGGCCGCACAGGCACCUACGCCCUAGCCUGGAAAAAGAAGGGUAUAGAGCAACGGAAAUUGCUCAUGUUUGCUUUGCCGCAUCACGUUGCGUCAUUUAGCACAGAGACCGCGAGGGGUCUGACGAGUAUCACGUUGGCUAGUACAACCAAGGGAAUUGCCACGGCUGUACUUGCAGACGAGUUCAUUAUGGUGGAGCGUGAACUUCCUACUGAUAUUGGGCUCGACCCAUGGUCACCGCGUCUAGGAUCAGUGGGAUCCAAGGGCUCCGCAGCAACAGUUUCUCAUGAUGCCAAAGCGGCAAUCAUUAGGGCUGCAAAAGUCGAGCUGGCCCGGGAUAUCACAAAGCUUACAAAUCUAACAUCAAAGUACUACGGUGGAAUCGCCUUUUCAGUCUACGCGAGAGCCUUGUAUGCUGUCCAUAACAUUGCUGGAGACACAUCACUCACGGCUAGUUCGCUUGCAAAGCUUGAAGCUGCCUUUGACAGGUACGUCAAUAAUGAAGAACCAAACCCCCUAUGCUACGAUGACGUAUGGAAGGGUAUCGUCUCUUCUGCAUCCUACGGCAAUAACGACUCUUCAAUCGACUUCGGUAACACAUACUACAACGACCAUAACUUCCACUAUGGCUACUAUGUGUAUACUGCCGCAAUCAUUGCGCACUUUGAUCCCUCUUGGCUGAGCAAGAACGGCGGCGUGAACAAGAUUUGGGUCAACAAUCUGAUCCGUGACUGCUGGGCCCGGGGCGUGCUCGAGGCACCCGAUGGCAAGGAUCAAGAGUCUUCAGCCGAAGACGCCUUUUCGACCUACGCCAUCAAGAUGUGGGGUAAAGUCACCGGUGACGCCAGCCUUGAGGCCCGUGGCAAUCUCCAACUGGCAGUGACGGCGCGCAGCCUGCAGUCGUACUUCCUCCUGGCAAGCGACAACAGGGUCCAACCAGCCAACUUCAUUGGGAACCGCGCGACGGGCAUCCUCUGGGAUAGGAAGGUCAAUCACACGACGUACUUUGGCGACAACAUCGCCUACAUCCAAGGCAUUCACAUGCUUCCGAUCGUGCCGAGCAGCGCCUAUGUCCGCAAACCUUCAUUUGUCCGUCAGGAAUGGGAUCAGUAUUUCGCUGGCAACAAGUCUGGAUCUCUCAGCAGCGGCGGCUUUGCGGGCCAUAUCUAUGCAAAUCUGGCGAUUGCGGACAGGGCUGGCGCCAUUGAGAGCCAUGCCUUCUUCAGGAACCAGACUACUGAUAGUCCUUACCUCAGCGGGUUGAGUCUGACUUGGGAUCUGGCGUAUACGGCGGCGUUUGGGGGGUGUUGGGCAUCUAAUGUGUCUGUCAAUUCAACACGUAUUUGGACUUGA